UUCGCCCGGGCGAGGGGCAAAGCGAGCGUGCGGCUCCGCGGCCUUUGGACCCAGCGGGUCUGCGGCAGAGGGCGCUGUGAUUGCCAAGGCCUGUGGCGAGCGAGCGAGCUACUCGAGGCGGAGGCUGCGAGGGCGCCUAGGCCUGCUUCCGGGCCGGCACCCGGAGAGGCGCGCGGUGGCGAUUCUUGCAAUCACAGCCGCGCCGGAGCGAAAGAGGGCGGCGGCGGCGACGACUCCUCUCUCUCUCCUGCCCUCCCUCUCCUUCUCGCUCUCUGUCCAGUCACGCGCAGAGAAAGAGAGGCAGGCUGGGGUGGAUCUGCGGGCGGCCGCUCUCCGCCUCCUCCUUUUUUUGCAAAGCCCAGCUCUCCGCCCGACGCUCAGGCCGAUUUAGUUGAGCAACACAAACAACAGCAGUAGCAACAGCAGCAGCGUCCCUCGCUGACCCCGCGCGUGCAAAGGCUGCCCGGAGAGGCUGUGGAGAAUCAUGGAUGCGGUUGUUCCUUACAAAGAAAUCCUUCUGCAAUAUUUAAACGAAACAAGAAAUGCCGUGAAUGCAAAGUGUGCUGGGGCUGAGCCCUGGCAACUGGUAACAUCCACAAUUGGGGCUACCCUCCUGGUUGUUUGGGUAUACAGGUUCCUCUUCCAACAAGAAAGUUUAACAUCACGAUCUAAAAAGUGGUUCUUCAGAAAUUUACGCAAAUUGCCCUUUAUUGGUACUAUUAUAAAGAAACAGAUGAAUAAGACUAUGGAAGAUAUGGCCAGCACCUUAAGUUUCUUGAAAGAAAAAACAGGUUAUGUCAAAAUCCUGCCGGCAAAAGGCUUGAGCCAACCAGAUGUGCUGAAGAAGAUGAAAGAAUACAGCUCUAUGGGUGAAGUAAACUGGGAAGACGGGAAAGUGUCUGGGACAGUGUACAGUGGGGAUCAGAAACUCACGGAUCUGCUUGUGAAGGUUUAUGAGGAAUUUGCAUGGAGUAACCCGCUUCAUCCAGAUAUAUUUCCGGGCGUGAGGAAGAUGGAAGCAGAGGUCGUGAGAAUGGCUUGUAAUCUUUUCCACGGAGGGCCCAAAUCUUGUGGAACAAUGACCUCUGGUGGGACUGAGAGCAUCCUGAUGGUCUGUAAAGCUUACAGGAAUUUGGCUUACGAAAAAGGAAUCAAGCACCCAGAAAUGCUGGUUCCAGUGAGUGUCCAUGCGGCAUUUGAUAAAGCAGCUCAUUAUUUUGGGAUGAAGAUUGUGCACAUUCCACUGACCAAGACGAUGCAAGUGGAUGUUAAGGCAAUGAAGAGAGCCAUUUCCAAGAAUACAGCCAUGCUGGUCUGCUCAGCACCGCAGUUUCCUCAUGGAGUCAUGGACCCAAUUGAGGAGGUCGCAGAGCUUGCAUUGAAAUACAAGAUUCCCUUCCACGUGGACGCUUGCCUGGGAGGCUUUCUCAUUGUCUUCAUGGAGAAGGCAGGGUACCCUCUGAAGGGGGGUUUUGAUUUCCGAGUGAAAGGUGUCACCAGCAUUUCUGCAGAUACCCACAAGUACGGCUAUGCGCCAAAGGGCUCCUCCGUGAUCCUGUACAGCAGUGAGAGAUAUCGGCAGUAUCAGUUCUUCAUUGCCCCUGACUGGCCAGGAGGUAUCUACGCCUCCCCUACCAUGUCUGGUUCCAGGCCAGGUGGCCUCAUCGCAGCUUGCUGGGCGACCAUGAUGCACAUAGGAGAAGACGGAUACGUGGAAUACACCAGGAAGAUAAUUGCAGCUGCGCGCUUCCUCGAAGCAGAGCUGCGGAAAAUUGACAACAUCUUCAUCUUUGGAAGUCCCGAGGUGUCUGCACUUGCUUUGGGGUCGGACACAUUUGACAUAUAUCGGUUGUCAAACAUGUUAAUAACAAGAGGAUGGAAUCUGAACAUUCUGCAGUUUCCUCCAAGUAUUCAUUUUUGCUUAACCCAAGUGCACACGAAGCCUGGGGUGGUUGAACGGCUGCUGAACGACAUCAAAGAAUGUGUCCAUGAUAUCAUGAAGUUCCCUAAGGACAAGACCACUGGCCUGGGUGCUAUCUAUGGCAUGGCCCAAGCCAUCCCCGACAGGAAUAUGAUUUCAGAGAUUGCUGGUUCUUACUUGGACUCCCUGUACAGCACGGAAAUGCCUCCUUCGUCUGAAGCACAUGUGAAUGGGUCUCCAGGCCACCAUUGAUUCUGUGUGCCUUGUCCGCUGAUGGAUGGUAUUCUAAAGAAUUCCAGGGAAAGGGAAUGUUGGUCUUCCUGCAGAUCAUAUGGCAGCUUGUUCUUGUCCCAUCUCUCUUUCUGAUAAGCAUCGGCUCUGCUCACCAUUUUGUUUAUGUGAGUUUUCAGAGUUAAGUGGUUUCCCUCCCCACUUUCUUUCUAAUACUAACUCCUUGUGUUUCUUCACACUUGCUCACUGCUGCUACUACUAGUCUUCAACAGAACAGCUAUAUUUAUGGCCACUACGACUCCAUUCUACACCCCUCAUUCUCAGGUGUUCAAAAUCUAUACAUUCCUUUCCUCCCCCCUGCUUGGCUUCUUUGUUUGUUUGUGCUGAGUGAUGAGCCAUGGGAAAAGAACUGAAAGUGUUGGAAGAGGAGAAAGGAGAAGCUCGUUUGUCUGUUUUUUCCAAAUCACCAGGUGUGGGAUUUGCUCUGAAAGGGAGACACGAGGUACUUAACUCUGUUCGUUUCCCCCAUGGUACAAUCUUGUUGCUUUCCUCUUUCUCUGGAUUUUUUACAGCCCUAUUGAGUCGUGGCGUAUCUGUGGAACAGCUUCAAGGGCAAUACACUUAUUCAGUUAUCUGAAUGUUUUGCUCCAGCUUAAAAUAAUGCACUCUCAGCAGUGUUAGAAAACGAUUUUGCGAUUCCUAGGUGCCAGAAUUGGAUUCUGAGAAGUCCAGAGCUCUGCUCUCCUUCCUGCAACUGGUUGUGAGCUUUUAUAAAAGUGGAGAGCACUAACAUCAACUUUUUGUUUUGUUUUAAAUGUAAUCUUACAAUAGCGGACUCCGUUUGGCUUUGUUUGUGCUGCGUUGACUGUAAGGCACAUUUCUAAAAAGAGCACUCACAGGUUUGCCUUAAUGUUGAUAGCAUUCCCCCUGGGAAACCCAGGAAGGGAGCAGAAUACCGUCAGUCAACAGGUGAUCAACUCUUUUGUGGUACUACACUGAAAACAACCUCAGUGGUGAAUCAGCCUCAGGUAUAAUGAAAACAUUCCUCUCCCCGUUCCUAUUUAUAGGUAGAACAGGACUUCACAACUGUGUUUUGGGCUACCUGCUGACUAGGAGGAGUGGUCUUCACUUGUAUUCUGAUUGUAUACAGUUUGCUUUUAGAAAACAGCUAUAAUUCCUGCGCAAAGCUGAGAAAAGCAGGCACCAGUAGCUUCUUCCAAGGCUUGAAGUGAGGCUGAAAGCAGAGUUUUUAGUUGGGACUUGAGCCAUUUUGAUACAGCACUAAGUACUUCACUGGGUCAGUCUCAUGAAAUAUUUCAUUACCUCCUACUUGGUAGCAGUGCUUCCUUUGAAGGAAGCACAAAUGUGAAUUUGCAGAAUUGUAGAUUUGUGAAGCACAUUGUUUUCCGCCAUGAUGACAGAAUCCUUUUUGUGGCUUGAUUUGUUCAGCGGGAUAUGUUCCCUUUUGACUAUUGUGAAUUCUGGAAAUUUUGGCUUAGCCCUCCAUAGCCAUCUUUCUGAUUUAGUUUUAAAUCUAGCCAGUCCAGCCAGAAUGCUUUGCAUACAACUUGGACUUGUACAGAACUCAUGAUAACUUACUACUGUGUGCUGUUCACCAAGUUGACAGUUCUGCAUUGUUUAAGAAAGGGAAACAUUUGACCAUCACAUCCUUGUGCAUAAUUCACCUAGAAACGUGUUUCAAGUAGUUCUGAUUAUGUUUUAGAGUGGAAUGAAACUCUUGUCAGUUUCUGCAAGAAAUGAGUUGGGUUUUGCAGUCCAAUCAGGAAGUCAAAGAUGUGUUUGCAUACCACUUUUUAAAAAAAUCCUGUAGGAUACUGUCUCGGUACUAUUUUAUUUUGAACGCAUAAUCCAUGUUUACUUUAUCAUGCAUCAUGUAUACAAUUCCAGGUUUAAAAUAAAAAAAAUUCUAGGGCAGAAAAA